UGCCAUUUUACAGACAGGAAACCAUUUUGCAACACCAGUGUGUUGUCAGUCGGGGUUAUUCAUACAGUCGAUUAAAAUCGCAUGAUGGGGCGCAUUGACGAUCUUCGGGUUCUGAUGUGCGGAAAAACAGGUUCGGGAGUGAGUGCUUCUUGUAACACCAUACUGGGAUUUAAUGCGUGUCAGUCGGGUCAUGGAUAUUCGUCAAUCACAGACCGAUGUCAAAAGCACACGGCUGUUAUUUCAAACACAACAGUCACAGUACUUGACACUCCAAACUUGUUGAAUUCAGAAAAUGUCGACAUGCGUGCAGAGUUAGAGAGAGGAAUACAGCUGUGCUCUCGAGGGCUCCAUGCGCUCCUGCUCGUUUUCUCUUCAAACACUUUCACUCAACAAGACGCAGAUAUCGUGUCGCUAUAUAAACAGACGUUUGGUGAGCAUGUUAUGAAAUACACUUUUGUGGUCUUCACGCACGGAGAUGAGCUUCAAAAUAAAUCAAUUGAACAACUAAUAAGGCGUAAUGCAGAACUGUCCAAGCUGAUAGAAGAGUGUGGUGGGAGAUUUCACUUACUGAAUAAUAAAGAUCAGUCGAACAGAGAACAGGUCACUGAACUACUGGACAAGAUCCACAGAAUGGUGUCUGCGAAUGACAACAGCUGUUAUACACUGCAUAUGAUCCCAAAGGCUCAACAAAGAGUACGUCUGCAGAGAUUUAUGAAGCCAAAAUACCUGCAUGCAGUCAGUGUUUUCCUAGUGUGUGCCAUGGGGUGCGUUAAGGUGGAAAAUGAAGGUUCUGUGGACGUUAAGACAUUUGCACUUGGUUGUGUUGAGGGUGUGUUAGCAGGGAUGGCCGGGGCAGCUUCAGGAUACCUCUGGGUACAUGUUCUAAAACAUCAGAGUUUAUUUGGGGGUAAAUCUACUCGGAGGCUGUUACACGCGCUUCCAGGAGUCAUGUGUGGCUGUGGUGCAGGAGUUAUCAGUAGGUAUUUUGUUGGUCAAAGGGGUUCAGUAAGUACAUCAUUAACAGUGAUACAAGUGGGUGUGGCCUACACCGCAAUACUGAAGAAUUAUUGUAAAUAG